AUGCCCGUGGAAGGUCAAGUUUUAGGCUUCAAGAGUCAGACAGAAGAAGAUUUUCUCUGCCCUCUUUGCAUGUCAAUAAUUGGAGAUCCUAAAGAAACUCCUUGUUGUCGUCAAAUUUUCUGCGAAUAUUGCCUCAAAAAAUCGCUCGAAAGAUCAUCCGAUUGCCCAGUCUGUAAAGCCCAUCUUUGCGAAUCCCGAUUCCUCCCCCCUUCAAAAUUUUUCCUCGCCGCCCUAAAUGGACUGACGAUUUCUUGCAAAUUCGAAGCCUGCAAACAUCCAGUAACAUAUGAAUUCAGAGAUAAGCACCAAAAUGAAUGCGUCGCGGAAGUGAAGUGCGAAUUCUGCGAAAUAACGAUUAUGCGAAAAGAACUAGAAAACCACCAUUCUGAAUGCGUUGGAUACUUACAGAACAAAAUAAAAUUAAAAGAUGAAAUGAUCAAAAAACAAGCACAGGAAAGGAUUUUCAACUAUUACUUUGCUUAUUCGAAUAUGGGAAUCUAUGGACGAGGAAGACGAUCAAUAAGCCCUAGACGGCACCAAGGCGGGUGGGGAAGAGAUGAAGACGAUGACAGUGACUGGGGCGAGGGGGAACAACUCAUCGAAGAAGCAAGAAAUGCCAUGAGAAUUCACGAAAACUUCAACCAGGAAUAUGACGAAAACAACUAUCCCCGACUGAUGCAAGUGGAAGAUCAAAAAGAUCUUGCCAUUGACAAAGUCGACAACAAAAACGUCAACGCCCACGACCACGUCAACGACCACGUCAACGACAAUGUCAACGACAACGUCAACGAAAACCUCAACGUCAACAUCAACGACAUCGACAAUCACAACAUCAACAACCACCUCAAAGUCAACGUCGACUUCAACAACGAUUUCAUCGAAAGCAUCCACAUCAACAACAUCAUUUGCAUCCUCGUCCACAACAAAGAUGGCUUCUUUUCCGUUUAA